UCUCUCGCUGGCACUCGUCCUCAGCUGACACUGCUAUGGGACCAAGCGGACUUCAACACAUUGACCUGGAGUAGAAUCUGCUGUAAACUGACACACCUCACAGACACACAGACACACACGCACACACGCGCACACACACACACACACACACACACACACACACACACACACACACACACACACACACACACACACACGCACACACACUUGACCAUGACGGAUACCGCGGCCGAGGAGGACAAGGACCCUGAUAUUGAGCUAUUUGUCAAGGCCGGGAUAGAUGGGGAGAGCAUCGGAAACUGUCCCUUCUCUCAGCGCCUGUUUAUGAUCCUCUGGCUAAAAGGCGUGGUCUUCAAUGUGACCACCGUCGACCUCAAGAGGAAACCGGCUGACCUUUACAACCUUGCCCCGGGGACACACCCGCCCUUCCUCACCUUCCAGGGGGAGGUGCUCACUGAUGUCAACAAAGUAGAGGAGUAUCUGGAGGAUAUGCUGGCUCCACCAAAGUAUCCCAAACUCGCGGCAAAGAAUCGCGAAUCCAACACAGCGGGCAACGACAUAUUUGCCAAGUUCUCCAAGUACGUCAAAAACAAAAAGCCGGAUAAGAAUCGAGCUUUAGAGAAGAGUCUAGACAAGUCCCUGGCGAAGCUGGAUGAGUAUCUGAUGAGUCCUCUCCCUGACGAGGUUAAGAUGGGACACCACGGAGGCGAGGGCGAAUCCAAACGCAAAUACCUGGAUGGAGACGAGCUGACGCUGGCUGACUGCAACCUUCUGCCCAAACUCCACGUUGUCAAGGUGGUUUCCAAGAAAUACCGUAACUACGACAUCCCGUCCGAAUUCAGAGGGUUGUGGCGUUACCUCGGCAACGCUUACAACCGAGAUGAGUUCACCAACACGUGCACAGCCGAUGUGGAAAUCGAGCUGGCCUACAAGGACGUCGCUAAGAGGCUGGGGAAGUGAAGGCGUCACAAGGCUGGAAUGGUUUGUUUAUGAUGUUUCUAUUGGAGAUGUUAAAAUGUAAAGGGACCCCAAAAUCCCUCACACCAAAACAAUCUAACCUGAAGGGUGAGACAAGAAAAAACAAAUGUACUCUUGAUUUUGGGGGAAAUAAAAUGUAGUUGGAGCCCGUUUUCUCCUGAGCUCAAUUGAAUAUUUCCUGUUUCUGCUGUUAAUCUGCUUAAUAAACCUAAAUAUUCAUGUCGUGAACUUGUAAUAGGAAUAAUGGCAUGCAUUAAUCAAUGUUUGAUUAUUGGACCUGUUCAACACCGUUAAGAAUGUGUUUCAGCCAAGGUAAUUUUCCUUUUAUUGGGGCAGCGUUAGAUAAAUGGUGUCUCCCUUAAAGGGGCAAUAAUCGAAUGAUUGACUUUUACGGUGCCGCACCACGCUGAAUGUAUAAUACUGAUCGUGGUUGUGAAAUGGUCACGUGUUUCAGAUUAAAAACUAUCCUUUAAAUUUGAUAGAUCUGCCUAUUGUGAAAAGGAAAAGCACCCAAACACACCAGGUUUACCCCAGCUGGUCGUGUUAGUGUUAAUCAUGAAUCAAGCACUUCUUUGCUUUCAGCCCUUUAUGUGUGUACAGUUAAUUUUAUGUGUGAAUAUAUUCUGAAUGUGAUGUAAUCAAAGCUGCAGCUCAACUAUAUCCUCAUUUUUUCUGAUGAUUAGAACCAUGAAC